UUCCGAGCCAAGCCGCAUGCAAGCCACAUAGGGACGAAUGGUGACCAACUUAUAGUCUCAUAUUCAGUGGAAUAGGACGAGUAGAACCGAAUGAGCAGUGGCUAAAUAUACCACCCGGCUCCGUUUUGAGUCCAUCAAGAUUACGUCCCUUUGCACGCAUGGCGCCGAGGUGCAAAGACUGACGAUCGGUAUUUGAACUAACACUUUAGCAAUGUUUCGACGCUCAGGCACGGCUGAAGUUUUGCGGUCGCAUCAAAAAGAUGAUUAUCACUUGUCAUACCUGAGGACAUCUGUUGCCGAUCUUGUUCAGACAAUUGCAGGGGCUCGGAGAUGGAUGCACUGGAGGAAGGAACUAGACCUCCUCUCGGACAUCGGCUACUUCAUGCUCACAACUCUCUCAGGCUGCCAGACUGUGGGUGAGGAGUAUGUGAACAUCAUCCAGACUGACCGGACUCUGCGUUCCCUGCCAGCACAGUGGCGAAGAGUUCUCAUGGUAUUGCUUCAAGUGGUUGCCCCAUAACUCCAGAAAAGCCUAGAAAAUCUGGAGAAGAAUCUGCGAAGCACUUCGUCACCUAACAUGUCUCCAAAGAUGAGAGAGUUCCUCAUUGAAUCCCUGCCCACAUUCCGUCACGUCAUCCUGGUCCUCCACAGAUGUCACUUGGCGAUCUUCUACCUGGAGGGGAUGUUCUAUCAGCUGGCCAAACGUGCCAGUGGGAUACACUAUGUUCAGUACAUGGCCAAGAAAACUGACAUCGGCACAGACCCCACAUUCCGCAUCCUGGGAUGGGUGUCACUGCUGCAGCUGGCCGGCAGUGUGGGGGUGCAGCUGUACUGUCUGUGGAGGAACACACCUAACACAACUCUCUCAGACCGACACAGCAGCAUCUCCUCUGAGGAGGGUGUGUCGGAGUUGGUGACGCCAGACAGGAAGUGUCCUCUGUGUUUGGAGGGGAGACAAUUCUCCACAGUAACGCCCUGCGGCCACCUGUUCUGCUGGAAGUGUAUUCAUGAAUGGUGUCAGACCAAGGCUGAGUGCCCACUGUGCAGAGACCAGUUCCCUCCACACCGCCUCGUGUACCUCCAUAACUAUGACACAUCGUGACAUUCCUCCAUAACUAUGACCAAUUGUAGGUACGAUGGCAGAGAUCCAUUUACCUUCUCAAAUGGUGUUGUCUGAGAAUGGUGAAGGACAUGUGUGUGGCCAAUCUGUAGUCUUCAGGAGAGCACAGUUUGCCAAGAUCUGUGAUAUCCAGCGGGGCUUGGUGUGUUGGAAGAGAUUGUGGAAUUCAGCAGGAUGCAAUGAGAUGACCAAGAUCCAAGAUCUCCAGCAACUGUUGAUGGUGGAGAUUGUGUUCUCUGUGACAAUGAUGGUGAAGCUACCAGUGAUGGAGAAGGGCGGCCUGCAAGCCAAGUUAAUAUUUUACACUUGUACUACAAACAGAUGUUUUCUGUCAGUGCUGGUUAGGUGCCUUGAGUGCUGUAGUUGAUGCAACAGAUUUACCUGAACACGCAUACAUCCGCACACAACAUACACACACAUUCAUAUACAUGCACGCUUCAUGCAGCAGAAACAGAUUUAUCCGGUUUGCCUUAUUAGUGCCUCCAUGAACUGCUACCACUAUUGUGUAUAUGGCACACACCACACAAUUAUAUGGCACUCAUGUACACGUUCACACACACAAACAUAUUUCCAUAAAUAAUAUGGGCAAACUGUGUGUUUGUGUCUGUCUGUCUGUCUGUCUGUCCAUGAACUGUUAUCACUAUCAACUACAUGGCACACACCACAUAAUUAUAUGGCACUCAUGUACACGUUCACACACACAAACAUAUUUCCGUGAAUAAUAUGGGCCAUGUGUGUGUCUGUGUGCCUGUCUGUCCAUAAACUGCUACCACUAUUGUCUAUAUGGCACACACCACACAAUUAUAUGGCACUCAUGUACUCGAAAAUCAAUCAAAAGAAGCAUUUCAUAUAAUUAUUGAUUGUAAGAAACAUAUUUUCGAUUAAUCAGAAUUUUGUUGUUUUAAUAAAACUAACCAUUAAAUUUGAUGAAUAUUUACGAAGAAACAUGCGCUCAACAGCGUAAAGCUAUCUGCAAUUAUAAGUGUAUUCAUGAUUUCGUAUUCAUCACUACAGUAAAUAUUACUGUAACCUGUCUUUGAAUAUAUUUUACAUCUAUUGUGAAUGUAAUGAGAUAUUCUGAUAAAUAUUUGUUGUAUAAAUAAACAGAAUAAUUACACUAACGUUAAUUAGAAAAAGCGUUGGGAAAAACCCUUAAAAUUGGUGAUUACAAUAAAAACGUAUAUAUUUUGAUUAUAAUCGAUAAUCAUUCACCACAAGUCCUUGGAUAAUCGAUAGUGGAUUUGGUUUGCGAUUCCCAACACUAGCUGCAGUAUAUCAGUCCUUCUAUUGUCAAUUUUAGGUCUGUGACUGUUACCAGUUUCAAUGUUACCCUGUUUGACCAAUAGGGUGCAUUAUUCUGUUGCAGGACAUAACCAGGCCUGUGAUGUGUUGCAUGUGGACCAAGUUGUUACUGUGUGAAAGGUAUUGUCAUGAAGACAUGAAUAAAUGCGUUUGUAAAUAUCUGUUAUCACAUGUUUCUGAAACGGAAAACUUUGAAAAUAAAUAACUGUGUGAAAGGUAUUGUCAUGAAGACAUGAAUAAAUGUGUAAAUAUCUGUUUUCAUAUGUUUCUGAAACAGAAAACUUUGAAAAUAAAUUAAAAUAAAUUAUUAUUCUGUC